GGUUCAGUUCCUGCCCCUCGCUUUCCCCUUUCGGAUAGCCGCACACGGGGUGGGGGGAACUGGGCACCACCAAGCCAGGCUGCUUCUUCCUUCCUUCCUUAUUCCCUCCCCUGCACACCUCAGCCUCUUCCUCAUCCAUCCAUCCAUCCAUCCAUCCCUGGGGGUGAGCCUUUGAAUGAGCAGCACUGUGGCUAGCCCGAUGUCAACGAUUGCCUCUUCAAGCGGUGGAAGAAAAUCGACAAGCUUUACGCCUGAAUUGCAAAGUAUGAUGUUUUCCUUAGGAGAUGCUCGCAGGCCACUCCAUGAAACUGCAAUACUGGUGGAAGACAUCGUCCACACUCAGCUGAUAAAUUUGUUGCAGCAAGCAGCUGAAAUUUCUCAGCUGAGAGGAGCUCGAGUCAUCUCUGCUGAAGAUCUCCUGUUCUUAAUGCGCAAAGAUAAGAAGAAGCUUAGAAGGCUACUUAAAUACAUGUUUUUUCGAGACUACAAAUCUAAAAUUGUCAAAGGAAUAGAAGAAGAUGACCUCCUUGAAGACAAAUUCAACAGUAAUAACACCAACAAACGGCAGAAGCUUGCUCAAGACUUUCUCAACUCCAUUGACCAGACUGGAGAGCUCUUAGCCAUGUUUGAAGAUGAUGAGAUUGAUGACGUCAAGCAAGAGCGAAUGGAGAGAGCAGAAAGACAAACACGAAUGAUGGACUCGGUCCAGUAUGCAGAAUUUUGUGAAAGUCGGCAGUUGAGUUUUUCAAAGAAAGCAUCCAAGUUUCGUGACUGGUUGGAUUGUAGCAGUAUGGAAAUAAAGCCAAAUGCAGUUGCAAUGGAGAUUUUGGCAUAUUUAGCGUAUGAGACUGUGGCACAGUUGGUGGACUUGGCCCUUUUGGUUAAGCAGGACAUGGCUCCCAAAGCUGGUGACCCAUUCAGUCAUGCCAUAUCUGCCACCUUCAUACAGUAUCACAACUCUACUGAGCCGCAUCUCUUAGGGCAAUCUACAAGUGUGAAGACCAGUCUUGACUCUCCUGAAAACACACCACCUCCUACGCCCACACCCCCAGCAUCAGCAGGACAGCAACAUCUUGGGAAAACCCCAUCAGGAGCCCUGGGGAAUGGUGGAAUUGGACAGGACUCUACCAAAUCCAAACAAAGGAAAAGAAAAAAGAGCACUGCAGCCUGUGGUAUAGAGGCUCAAAGAGAUGCCAUCCAGCCCAGCCACAUCAGAGAGGCCAUUCGACGCUACGGCCACAAGAUUGGCCCCCUUUCCCCAUUCACAAGUGCCUACCGCAGAAACGGGAUGACUUUUCUCGCCUGCUAAUAUGGAUGUGGCUGCAGCAACAGGAAAGGCAGUGUUAUAUUAAGGUGAUUUUCUCUUCCCCUCCAUGGAAGGAAAAAAAAUACAAGCUCCAAUGUCUCUGUGUACCAGUGAGUGGGCUGGUUUGUUGUGACUAUCUGCUGGCUGACUCCGUCUCUUUUUCCAGCCCCCUCAAUCGUUAUUCUUGUUUACUAGCUGGAACAUUUAGCUAAUUAAUGGCAGGAUGUUUGGGAUAGCGUGUAGGUGGACAAGAAUGCAGAUCAGACAAUGCUGAAGUUUGCAGGGGACUUGCUGCUGUCAGCCUCUUUCUGAAAUGUGAUGUCAUUUUUAUUUAAGUGUUUGGGAGUCUGUAUGUUCUCCUGGAGAUGUUUUUUUGUAAAGCAGGAUGGGGCAGAAAGAGGCCAGAGAUAGACUGGGUUAUAUAGGUUUAUAUAGGUUAC